AUGUCCAGACGUCGUAAGGUCCGCUGCAAUGAGCACAAGCCGCGGUGCUCACAUUGCGAGCGACUGAAUCUAGAGUGUACUUGGAGACCAAGCCUCCAGCAAAGACAGACACCUGCGAGCCUCCGCCUUAGCCAGAGUGCAGGUAUCAACGCAUCCAACGGACCGCCUACACCUUCCUCUAUAUCAGCCGUAUCGACACUCCAAGAUCCUAGAUAUCCCACUAAUGACAAUUCAUUCAACGACAUUUUCAAUUACGCGAGCUUUAUGUGGGAUCCCAACCUACAAGAGCACAUGAUUCAGCCCAAGGGUUGGCGUCCACUAGGUGUCCCAGAGAUGGAGAUAGAUCAUGGCAAUAGUAUCGAAUGGCCUAGCAUGGAAGGAUCUAACUCUAUGUUGGUCUCGCCAUUCUCCUCAACUCGCCAAGAUAUACCAACCAAUUGGAACUCAACUGCGGAAAAUCACAUCUCCCCGUCAAAUUCAGCAGGCGCCAAUAUAGACUCAAGUGCAGCACUAAUGUCUCUCGAUAAUGCUGGCGAAAAGGAACUGAUGGAUUACUUCAUCCGGUCGGUUGUACCACCGAUUAUUGCUCAAGUUGAAACCCAACUUAAAUGGUCCUCAAUGCGACAAUUGUUUAUUUCUAUGUCAGCUACCUCGCCCAUGGUGCGAUAUGCCGUGCUAGCAUUCUCCGAGCUUCUUAUGCGCCGGGAACGUGGUGUUCCGCCCCAAUAUGAGCAAUACUACCAAAUGGGCGCAGCCGAAGUCCAACGGUAUAGUACUGGACAAUCACCAGGAAACGAUGGGAUGUCAGCUACGACAUUCGAAUGCGUACUCGCGACUCUGUUUCUUCUCAGCUAUAUUGACCUGCUAGAGUGCGGAACUAGGAAUGCUCACGCUCAUCUCAAACAAGCCUAUGACGUCUCUUCCAAGGCUGAUAAGUCUCAAUUUCGCGUGGUUGGCAAGCGUUUAGUCUCGUGGAUAAGGCUUCUAGAUGCUCGGGCUGUCUCCGCUGGCGGAGAGGGUCUCUUCCUCCAAGGAAACGAUAACGAUCAUAUCGACCAGUCUUCACCCGCGACGAGCAUCGAAGUAGCUGAGGGCGGGAGCACAGACAACGCUGAGGCCGAUAUCGAAGACGUCCUCUUCGACGCCCUAUACGAGCCAGGGUUCCUAUUCUUUCAGAAAAUCCAAAUAUUCAUGGGCAGAAUCUCCCACAUCGACCCAUGGCAUCGCUCCCGCGGUACCGUCGCAGAUGAAACGGAAGUUAUGGGCCUCGCAGCCAAGAUCGGACGCGACCUCAUAUCUCUCUGGGAGCAACGCCCACCCCUCAUGGAUUGCACUCUCAACGGCAAGUUGACUUCUGCACACUUAUCGCCUAGUCUCGCGUCUGCUAUCACACGCACCUUCCGCACAUACUAUGCAAAUUACCACGCGUGCAAAAUUCACUUGCAUCGAGUGGCAUAUAAACACCUCCCGCUAUCUACUGAGACGGAGGCCUCGGUUGAGAAUAUUCGCAACACCGCGCGUAUCAUUGUCGAAGGCAGCUUGGAGCAGGAGCCCUUGCCAGUCAGCAUGCUAUGGCCGCUGCUGAUGUGGGGCUCUGAGGAGAACGACCCGGAGACACAGGGCUGGAUAUAUAUCCAGAUAAACAGGAUGGAAAAGGUGGCGACGAAUGCGGAGAUCACGGGACAGGUUCUGAGAGAGGUGCAAGCUAGGCAGGAGAACUUGAAGCAGAGAGUCGAUAUUCGCACCGUAAUGCAGGAUAUCUUCAAUUCGUGUUUUGCUAUUGUAUGA